UGGUUGGUAAACACAAGAGACUGUUUGUGACAUGAGCACUCAUAUCUCAGUCUGUAAAAAUAGCACCGUGCUCUCAUGUAGACGUAGCCUGAAAAAGCCACGCGCUGUAAACACGACUCUGAGUAACAUAGACGACCUUCUCACACAAAUACACAGCUUCCAUCAUGAGAUCAGACCGGAUGAGUUCUGGUAUUCCUGUGUACGACCUCUCACUGAUUCAAAAACUGUGGGAGGGGCGCGUGAAAAAAUACAGACAGCGACAGAAGAAAGAGGAAGAGCGAAUCAGCAAAAGUGCUUUGACCAAGUUGAAAGUAGAAUGGCAGUAUCGCAUCGCAUGUAGAAAGUUAAAGAGUUCAGAGUUGGAGACGUUGCAGUGUUAUCUAGAGAGAUCAACUCUUACACAACUCAACAUUCUGCCCAACAUUAAUAAAGAUAAUAAAGAAGAGGACAAGAAGUUUAUUUUUGAAUUGACUGGAAAUAAAUGGAUGAAAUUACCUGAAGAGCUUCAGUAUAUGACCUAUCUGAAGGAAUGGCACAUCCAUGGAACAAAGAUUCCGGAGAUUCCCACUUAUAUUGAGAUGUUUGUGGAUCUGUGUGUGCUGGAUGUCCCAAAAAACGGUCUGACGAGGCUUCCGGCUGAGAUCGGAAAACUAAUCAGCUUAAGGGAAUUAAAUGUAAGUUAUAAUAAAUUGAUUAGCAUUCCAGCUGAACUUGGAGAUUGUGAAAAUCUGGAGCGAUUGGAAAUGACAGCAAACAUCAAUCUGACAGAGUUACCUUUUGAGCUGAGUCAUUUAAAAAAACUGAAGUAUUUGGACAUGUCAGAAAAUCAAUUUCCCACUAUUCCCAUCUGUGUCCUUCGCAUGGAGGGUCUGACAUUUCUGGAUAUCAGUAACAACAGACUCAAAGAUCUCCCUGAAGACAUUGACAGGAUUGAGGCAUUAGAGACGCUGUUCCUACACAGAAAUAAGAUCAAAUUCAUCCCUAUGUCCAUGGAUAACAUCACACACCUCAAGAUGUUGGUGCUGAGCGCAGAUGAGCUGAUCAGCAUCCCAUCCAGAUUCGUGGAUAAUCCUGACAUCAAAUUAAUCAGAUUAUAUGACAAUCCAUUAAAGACUGAAGAUGAAGAACAUGUGAGUGAGAUAAACACAGAUGAACAUGAGAAAGAAUUCAUGAAGAUGUAUCUACAGUCAUUAGAGGAAAGAGAAACUCAACCAACCUACACCACAAAAGUGUCACUGAACUGUCUUCUAUAAGAGUCAUCUUUAUCUGUGUGCAAUAAUAUGCAUUUAAUGCCAGAAUUUUUUCAUGUUAUUUUCUCAUUCCGAGUGUGAUAGAAACAGUUUGCACUGAAUA